UGUAUGAAUAUACAUUAUGCAUAAUUGUGAGACGGCUCGGUUUAUGAAGGAGUCAAUUCUUGGGCAUAAGAUCACAGUUGCCAAGGAUUCAACCGAUAUCAAUACCUGUACGUUUAUUAAUAGUGUUGGAAUUUUAACAUGUUAAUUGGACGAAACGAGAAAAACGGAAUAAUGGACUACGAAACUUUCCAACCCUGCUUCUAUGAAAAUGAAACGGAGACCUUAUCCCCAAGUUCUUUGCCAAAUGAGGAUAUGUGGAAGAAAUUCGAAUUGUUACCAACUCCACCUUUGUCACCCAGACGGGAUGAUGAAUAUGACAUGAAUUCCCUGGAUUUGGAAGAUUUCAACCUUAUCUUUGAUGAGUUUUUUCAGAAAGAAAGUGAUAAUCGAAAAAUCAUGACGUUUUCUGAGAGUCCUCCGAAUUUGAAUUCAAACUUGAUUCAAGAUUGUAUGUGGUCUGGGGAUUCUGGUCGUUACCCCACUGGAGAAAAUGCAGUAUGUUCUGAUGUCAACUCAGCAGAUUGUGUAGAUCCAGCAGCUGUGUUUCCCUAUCCCAUACAUAGUUUGAACAGCAUUCACAGUGAAACUAAGCUUCACAGCUUGGGAACAGAAACCCCAUCUGACUCAGAAGAAGAAAUUGAUGUGGUGACAGUGGAGAAAAAGCAACUGCAACAAGUACCUGUGGUGUCUGCAAAGAAAACUGUUUUUACAGUGCAGAGUGUGAAAACCGAGAGAGUAGAGGGAAGUGAGGAUAAAUUAGGUGCUGCUAAAACAACUGUCACAGUGAAAGUGAAGGUGGACUGUCCAACUGAUGAACAUCCGUACAGUUUACCUGUGUCAUCUCUCAAACGUGUUCGGUCUCUUCCAAAUUCCCCUUCUAUGUCACCAUUACCAUCAAAAAGGUGUAAAAGAGAAUUAAGUGACAGAGACAUUAAGAAAGUGUGUCAUAAACUUCGGGGUAGUGGUAGUAGUAGUGCUUCUUCAAGUCGAAAUUCUUCAGACUCUGAAGAAUACCCUGAAGGGAAAAGGACUCAACACAAUGUAUUAGAACGUAAACGUAGAAAUGACCUCAAAUUCAGUUUUUUCAGUCUCAGGGAUAGUGUGCCAGAACUAGUGAAACAGGAACGUGCACCAAAAGUUCAAAUUCUCAAAAAGGCAUCUGAUUACAUCAGAAAAUUAUCUGCUGAUGAACGCAGACUUGAAAGUGAAAGAGAAUUGCUCCAGGAAAAACAUGAACAGCUCAGGAGAACUUUAGAAAAGCUUCAUGCUAGAGAGUUUUAAAGCUAGGAUAGCUAGACUUUUUGUGUACAAGCUAAAUUUAGGGCAAGUUUGUGUUCACCUCAUAUAACCCAAAUUGUGUUCAAAAAGACAAGGUUCAGAAAUUUUAUCAUGGUGGCAUUUCAUUUGACACUGCCAGUCUGCAACUUACUUUGAUGAAAAUCAUUGUUUUGACUGUUUUGUACAUUUAAUAUUCAGUCUCCUGUUUUCUAUAAUUAUACAUAUAUAUAUAUAUAUACUUUCUUUAUACUGCCUGUAGAAAGUAGUUGUACACGGAAUUUCUUUUGUUGAUGAUUUUAAGUUUUUGUUAGCUUGAGUUAAAUGUUAUGUCUUUGUACUAUUUUGCACAAAGAUUUGUCUUGAAAAACCCUAAAUAAUGACUUGUUGAAAUUUGAAAAUUUUAUUGUAAAAUACAUUUCUGUAUAUGUUUCACUGUCUGCAAGAAGCAGUGUUGUGGUUUAUGAGUCUUUGUUUGGUUAAUGCUAUUACCUUUUUUAUCUGUAUAGUUUUGUUACAUGAUAUUGUUUGAUAUAAUUGUAUAAUGAAAUGUUCUAAAGCUUCAUUAAUCUAAUGAAAAUUGAUAAAUGACUAUACCGAAAUCUGCAUUUCAAGUAUUGUGAAAAUAAAGCUGGUUGUAUUUCUUGUCAUAUGUUUCAUAGAAAUACUACCUAUUGCUCAUGUUGAGAUAUGUGUGUUUUUUGCUGUGCAAUGUUAAAAUAUGUAUGUCCUAACGUGUCCAUUUCUUAUUCUGUAGAAACCAUAUAUUUUGCAUAAAGUUUUCAUAUAUGUUUCCUUGCAGUGAUAUUAGUGCUGUAACCAUCAGAUUGGCUUUCAUCUCUGUAUUAUGCAUCAUGCACAUAUCUACAACUUUGCUUUGUAUAAUUUUCACCUCAUUCAACAUAAUAAAUUUUAAAUACCUUUGA